AUGACGGAUUUUGGCCGGUCUAAUGCCCCUUUAGAUUUUAAGCUGUGUGUAAUCUGCCAAGAAAAAAGUAGAGCCAAUCUUGUUGAAAAUCCAACUUCCUAUCAAAAGCUUUUAGAAGCCAUCGAAGAACGUUCAAAGUACGAGGACAUUAACUCGAAAACAUUGUGGCUUGUGCUUAAAGAUCUACCACUAGAAGAGCUUAAAGAAAAAGCAACAUGGCAUAGGUCGUGCUACCAAGAAACCACCCACUCAGGAAAGAUCAAGAGGGUAAAAGAGAGGUUUCAGAGAGAGGUUAGAGGGCCAAAUGAAGCUCGAAGAAAGACAAGUGAAUCGCUUCAGGUAAUUGCUAGGUGUAAUGGCUUAUAACUUUAACUUUUUAUUUUAUUGUGUUUUUCAUCUUGGAAUCGCUGAAAAGGUAAUGACAUCCUUGACAUCUCAAAACAUUUCAUUUCAUUUCACUAACCAGGGUCUUCUUACAAGGUCGAAAACCGUCCCUUAUGACAGCAAUCUGUGCUUCUUUUGUGAAGAGAAAGCGAAGUACCAGAACCCUCUGCAUUUGGUGUCAACAUCAUCUGCUGGUAGCUCUCUUGAUAAUGCAGUAAAGCAAUCAAAGGAUCCUAAACUGCUCGUGAAGCUCUCGACGGCUCUAGGCAGCACUGACGCUCAUGCCAUUGAUAUUAAAUAUCAUAAAAGCUGCUGGGCGAAGCAUGUGAGUGGGGUCCUGCGUAAAACUAUCAAAGAUGACGAGGAAAGGUCAAGAAGUGAGACAGCGGCUAAGCUGGAGUUUUUGAACCUUACCCAAGCUGCCCUCGAUAGCGGAGAAAUACUCAACAUGGCACAGUUGGAACAGGCUUUUGAUUCCAUUUCAAACGAGAACAAUAGUCCAAAGACUCUAAGUCGACGUUCAGUUAAAGAGCUUAUCCAGAAAGAGAUAAAGGGAGUUGAGUUCCAUAAGCCCACUAGAGCUAAUAAGCCCGAGAGGGUCAGCGUAAAGCAGUGUAGAGAUGCCGCUAUCCAUAUCGUAGAAUCCACAGCUAACAGUGAUGAAUCUAUGAAAACUCUCUUCGAUGCCGCUUCAAUAUUGAGAAAGGCUAUUAAUCGAAGCGAGAAAUGGGUCUUCUCUGGCUCUCUGGAUACAACGACACAUGAUCACUGCCCCGAAGAGCUUACCUGCUUCUUUAGGUGGAUAAUCCAAGGUCCCAAUAAGACACUAUCUGAUAAAAAGUGCAAUGAGGUACACAAAAGAGCAAUGCAAUUAGCGCAGAAUACAAUAGCUUUGUGUCUAACGGACAGGCAGGUUGACAAUAAGAGGUCAAAAGCGGUCUACUGCACUAGAGAAAUGCCCCAACACCUCGCAGUUAGCCUAGCAAUACACCAAGCCGUACGAAGCAAAGAGCUGGUUAAUCUCCUGCAUGGAUUUGGCAUGGCUGUAGAGUACAAGCGCUUGUUGAGGGUGGAGUCACAAAUUAAAAAAACUGUCCUGAAGCGCAUAGAGAGUGAAGGUGGCAUGUUUCUCCCUCCGGAUAUCGUGAAAGGACGGCACGUAUAUUUUGCUAUUGAUAAUAUCGAUUUCUCAGAGGAUACGCCGGACGGGAAGCGUACUCUACACGGCACAGCAAUGGCUAUUUAUCAGAAAGUGGAACCCCAAGAUGAAGAACCUGUAUUAAGGUGCCAUAACUGUUCUACUAAGAAGCAUGAACCUCUCAUUUAAUCCCAAGUGCUCGAUGGGAGGGGGGUUAAUUAGAUAAUAGACGUUUAAUUUUACUUUUACUUUGGCAUGACUGGUCUGUGUGAUUCAGGUUUUUCUUUGUUUCAAUAAGACUAGCUAGUAAGUUAAAAGCUAAUUUCAUGCCGUUCUGUAACAGAACUGCCCGAAUCGCUGACAUCUUUAAUGCCAUGCGUGGAGCCGCCAUCAAGGCCCCCUUCUCCUGCGCACCCUACAUUUGAGCUGUCAUCAGAACAAGAGUUGCCCCAAAACAUCCGUGGUGAGAAUGCUACCUGGAUAGUGUCUCGUACUCUCACAGGCCAUGAUGCCCUAAGUGAUGAUGAUAAUGAUCCGCCUCUUGUACCCGUAUGGUCAGCGUACAACUCUUUGGUAAAUGAAGCACUACCUGUCACACGUGUCGGUGCUCCUCCAUUGUUGGCACAUCCUGCUCAUGAAUGGAGCACGCUCCUCACAGUUCUGAUGCGUACUCAAAAUAUCUCUGUUAGAGUAGUCGGUCCCGGGAGGAAAACAGUCAUAUCGCUAGACCUUGGUUUGUAUCCGCCCACCAAACGAUUACAGAUGGCCCGAUGCGAGCUCAAGAACAUUCUCCUUCGACCAGGGGAGCUGCAUGUGGUUAUGGCUAUGCUGAGGACCAUUGGGUCAUAUAUUGACAGUAGCGGGAUAGACAUGUGCUGGAUCGAGUCGGAACUUUAUGGCCCCUCCACUGUUAAACAGAUAAUCGAUGGCAAGCAUGUUAAGCGCGCUAAAAGAGCACACAUGAUCACCUUACAGGCUUUAUUCUCCUUAUACCUGGAAGCAUUUCUAGAAGGCUCUCCUGAUGUACGUCGUACCCUCGAGGAACUCUCUACGAAAGUUGGAGAUGCGCGCAAAGAAGGCACUAAGGAGAACAUCCAGACGGCGCACCAUAGCUCUACCAACGCGAUCCAGUCUUCUGAAGUAGUCAAGAAGAUGUCUGAUUUUGACGCUGCGAAUGCCACAAAUCCUCUCUUUACUGUAUUUCGCCAAUACAUGCGCAUGGUAAUGGAGAUGUUCGCAUUCAUCCAGGCAGUCCACAGUGGUGAUUGGAAGCUCCAUCUAAUUGCACUGGAGUUGUUCACAAAGUACUUCUUUGUGCACGACAAGAUCUGUUAUCUAAGGAUGAUCCCCCUGUACCUAGCUGAAAUGGCAUCCCUAGAAUCAUCAGACCCCGAGAUCUAUGGAGAGUUCAUCACAGGAAACUGGGUAGUGAACAAGAACAAGGAGGUUCCCUUCUGUGCUGUUGGUGGUGAUACUGCGUUGGAACACCUCAAUCGAUCUAUGAAAGUUUCUGGUGGGCUUGUAGGGAUCACUUUGAAUGAGAGCGCACUAGUUCAUUGCCCCAGAACUAGCCCGACUCACAGCAGAAGCCAAGGCAAUGGCGGGUCUCGUUCCGGAACGUGCACACCAUCAAGAACUAAACUCAGCUGUUUUGACGCACGAAGAUAA